CAGCCAUCUGUGCAGGAACAGAAAGCUGACGGAGGGCUGCUGCACAUUUCCCCUCUUUACCUUUCUAAUUCUCGCUCAUUCUGGUCGCCCGGGGCUGUUAAAAAAAUCACCCCUCAAUAUACAGGUGCAAAUAUGAGAAUUUCGCUUGCACUUUUUGCAGCAUUUGCUGUAGGAAUCACUGUCGACGCCACGGUGUUCUUCAAGGAGCAGUUUCUUGAUGGAGAUGGAUAUAAAAGUCGAUGGGUGGAGUCCAAACACAAAUCAGACUAUGGACAGUGGAAACUCUCUGCAGGAAAGUUCUACGGUGAUGCUGAGCUCGAUAAAGGUCUUCAGACAAGCCAGGACGCUCGAUUUUAUGCCUUGUCCGGCCGGUUUGAGCCUGUCAGCAACGAAGGUAAAACUCUGGUGAUUCAGUUCACAGUAAAACACGAGCAGAAGAUUGACUGUGGAGGUGGCUAUGUAAAAAUCUUCCCAGCUGAUCUGGACCAGACGGACCUGCACGGCGAAUCUCAGUAUUACAUCAUGUUUGGUCCUGACAUCUGUGGCUACAGCACCAAGAAAGUGCACGUAAUUUUGAACUACAAAGGACAGAACCAUCUGAUCAAGAAAGACAUCCGAUGCAAAGAUGACGAGUUUACACACCUGUACACGCUGAUCCUUCGGCCCGACCAGACCUAUGAAGUGAAAAUCAACAAUGAGAAAGUGGAGUCAGGCUCUCUGGAGGAGGACUGGGACUUUCUUCCUCCCAAAAAGAUUAAGGAUCCAGAGGCAAAGAAGCCAGAGGACUGGGACGACCGCGCCAAAAUCGACGAUCCUGAGGACACAAAGCCAGAGGACUGGGAUAAACCCGAGAACAUUCCUGAUCCUGAUGCUAAGAAGCCUGAUGACUGGGAUGAAGACAUGGACGGCGAGUGGGAGCCACCAAUGAUCCCUAACCCUGAGUACAAGGGAGAAUGGAAACCUAAACAGAUCGACAACCCCAACUACAAAGGAACAUGGGAGCAUCCUGAGAUUGACAACCCAGAAUACACACCAGAUAACUUGAUUUACAAAUAUGACAACAUUGGGGUUAUCGGUUUGGACCUGUGGCAGGUGAAAUCUGGUACCAUCUUUGAUAACUUCCUAAUAACUGACGAUGUCAAAGAGGCAGAGGAAUUUGGCAAAGAGACAUGGGGAGCCACAAAGGGGCCAGAAAAGAAAAUGAAGGAGAAGCAGGAAGAGGAGGAGAGGAAGCAAAGGGAAGAAGAGGAGAAGACAAAGAAGGAAAGUGAAGGUGACGAGGAAGACGGCGACGAAACAGAAGAUGAACCAGAAGAGGAGGAAGAGGAAACUCCAGAGGAGCCCAAUCUGCUGGACGAUGAAGAUGAUGAGGAAGAUAAGCCUACUAAAGACGAGUUGUAGAUGACCUCAGAGCUUUCGAGCACAUCUUAGGAGAACCUACUGAUCCUCCCCCACUCAGUGAAGCUCUUUCUGUGGGCUCUAACUACCCAAACAGGACAAAUAGAGUAAUGGUGUGCUGUGGUUUUAUUUCAGUUCAGUUGGUGAGGAUUGUUUCCCCACCACUGAGCCCCUUUUUUUUUCAAUCAUAAAUUAAUCUUAGCCGUGCCCUGGAUUUUUUUUGUUUUCUACUGCUGCUACCCGGCUUCUCCAAUUCCCACCCAAAGUCAUAUGUAAAAGUAAAUUAAACGGAAUUUGGAUUAAUGCCAUCAUGUCUAGAGGGGGAAAAUGAUAAGUUUAUCAUUUUUAGGUUAUUUGCACUUUUUUUAAAUAAAUGAUUUUCUUAAACCGUU